CAGAGCAAACUACAGCCAGGGCAGGACCCAAGGGCGGCUCCUCCCCCAGCAUGGCCCCCUUGGCCUGGGCCGUCUGCUUUCUCAUGGGGGGCCUCCUGCUCGGAGAGGGCAGUCCCAGUCUCGGUGCCAGCGUGCCCCGCCUGCGGCUCUCCUAUCGAGACCUCCUGUCUGCCAAUCGCUCUGCCAUCUUUCUGGGCCCCCGAGGUCCCCUGGACCUCCAGGCAGUGUACCUGGAUGAGUACCGGGACCGCCUCUUUCUGGGGGGCCGCAAUGCCCUGUACUCUCUGCGGCUGGACCAGACACGGCCAGACCCUCGGGAGGUCCUGUGGCCACCGCAGCCAGGCCAGAGGGAAGAAUGCAUUAGAAAAGGAAGAGAUCCCUUGCUCGAAUGUGCCAACUUCGUACGGGUACUGCAGCCUCACAACCGGACCCACCUUUUGACAUGUGGUACUGGGGCCUUCCAGCCCAUCUGUGCCUUCAUCGCGGUUGGCCAUCGUGGGGAGCAUGUGCUCCAUCUGGAGCCCAGCAGCCUGCAGAAUGGACGGGGACGGUGCCCACAUGAGCCCAGCCGCCCCUUCGCCAGCACCUUUGUAGGUGGGGAGCUGUACACUGGCCUCACUGCUGACUUCCUGGGGCGGGAGGCCAUGAUCUUCCGAAGCGGGGGUCCCCGGCCAGCUCUGCGCUCAGAUUCUGAUCAAAGUGUCCUUCUUGAUCCUCGGUUUGUGAUGGCUGCACGGAUCCCUGACAACUCUGACCGGGACAACGACAAGGUGUACUUCUUUUUUUCUGAGACUGUCCCAUCACCCGAUGGUGGCCCUGGCCACAUCACUGUCAGCCGUGUGGGCCGCGUUUGUGUGAAUGAUGCUGGUGGCCAGAGGGUGCUGGUGAACAAAUGGAGCACCUUCCUCAAGGCCAGGCUGGUCUGCUCGGUGCCUGGUCCUGGAGGCGCUGAGACCCACUUUGACCAGCUGGAGGAUGUAUUCUUGCUGUGGCCCAAGGCAGGGAAGAACGUUGAAGUGUAUGCACUGUUCAGCACUGUCAGUGCUGUGUUCCAGGGCUUCGCCGUCUGUGUAUACCACAUGGUGGACAUCUGGGAGGUUUUCAAUGGGCCCUUUGCCCACCAAGAUGGUCCUCAGCACCAGUGGGGACCCUAUGGGGGCAAAGUGCCCUUCCCCCGCCCGGGCGUAUGCCCCAGCAAAAUGACUGCAAAGCCAGGACGACCUUUUGGCGGCACCAAGGACUACCCUGACGAGGUGCUGCAGUUUGUCAGAGCCCACCCCCUCAUGUUCCAGCCUGUGCGGCCUUGGCACGGACGGCCCAUCCUUAUCAAGACUAACCCGGCCCAGAGGCUGCGGCAGAUUGUGGUGGACCGUGUGGAGGCUGAGGAUGGGACCUAUGAUGUCAUCUUCCUGGGGACCGACUCAGGCUCUGUGCUCAAGGUCUUGGCUCUCCAGGCAGCAGGCUCGGCUGAGCCCGAAGAGGUGCUGCUGGAGGAGCUCCAGGUGUUUAAGGUGCCAACGCCCAUCAUCGAGAUGGAGAUCUCCGUCAAAAGGCAAACGCUGUACGUGUGUUCCCCGUUGGGUGUGGCCCAGCUGCGGCUGCAUGGGUGUGAGACCUACGGUAGUGCCUGUGCAGAGUGCUGCCUGGCCCGGGACCCCUACUGUGCCUGGGAUGGUGCCUCCUGUACCCGCUACCGCCCCAGUCCGGGCAAGCGCCGGUUCCGCCGGCAGGACAUCCGGCAUGGCAAUCCUGCCACACAGUGCCUGGGCCAGAGCCAGGAUGAGGGGGCUCCAGCACUGGAGGCCACCAGAGUCUAUGGCACGGAGCACAACAGUACCUUCCUGGAGUGCAUGCCCAAGUCUCCCCAGGCUGCCGUGCACUGGUUCUUGCAGAGGUCAGAGGAUGAGCAGCCUGACCAGGUGAAGACAGACGAGCGAGUCCUGCAAACAGAGCAGGGGCUGCUGUUCCGCAGACUCAGCCGCCUUGAUGCUGGCACCUACACCUGCACAACACUGGAGCGCGGCUUCUCCCAGACCGUGGUCCGUCUGGCUCUGGAGGUGAUUGUGGCCACGCAGCUGGACAGUCUGUUCCCUGGAGAGCCGGGGCUGAAGCUGCCUCCAGCUCGGGGAGGCCUGGCCUCUGCUCCCCCCAAGGCUUGGUAUAAAGACGUCCUGCAGCUCACUGGCUUUGCGCACCUGCCUCAGGUGGACGAGUACUGUGAGCGAGUGUGGUGCAGAGGCAGCGGGGAGCGGUCAGGCUCUUUCCGAAGCCAGGGAAAACAGGCCAAGGGCAAAAGCUGGGCAGGGCUGGUGCUGGGCAAGAAGGUAAAGAGUCGGGGCCAGGCUGAGCGCAACCGGACACCUCGGGAGGUGGAGGCCACAUAGAUGAGGGCCGAUAGGGGCUUGGUCAGGGGAACCGGCAGCAACCUCCAGAUGUCCACCUACCCAGCCAGAGCAGAGGGACCAGGAUGCCCAAUUGCCUCUUAUGGACUCAGGAAAGGCCAGUGGCAUAAAGGAAGGGCCCUGUGCCUAAGGCCUGUUCCCUGCCCCUCUUUGUCUUCUGAGUCUCAGACUGAAGCUGGUGUGCUCUGGCCCUCAGCAGCCCCAAGGGAGCUGCCAUUUGUUCUCAGAGAUGGCCUGGCUUCCGGAGCACAUUUCCGGUUGUGCCCAAGGCGAGAGGGUUGGGUGGUUCUUUCCCAGCCUGCAGAACAAAGGGCAUUCUAAGUGACCCUCAGAGUGGGCAUGGGGGUAGCGCUAAGGAAGUAUCCAGGCAAGGGCCCUCAGGCAGCCCGAGGAAGGUAGAAGCCUCUUAAGGUAGCCCUAUUGAGAAAAGAGCUGGGGAGGGAAAACGGGGCUGUUGAGAAAGUAGAGCAGCAACACCCUACCCCUUCCUUUCAUGUCCUGUUAUGUUGGUGGCUCCCUGCUGUGUCUGUCAGCUCUUCUGCAUCUCAGAAUUACAGAGGCAUCAGCUGCCGGUUAUCCUGUUAUCUGGUUAUCCAGGAGGGGUCUAGGCUGCAGAUCCCACUUUAUAAACCAGGGAGAGGGACCUCACAGCCUCACCUCCCUUCUCCAGCCCUGAACUGUCAGGCCAGGUUUGCUGGGAUGCCCACACCUCCCGCCAGACUCCACCCCUAGCACUCCUUACUGUGAGGUUCCCAUGCUGAGAAGGGAGAGGGACAGAUCUGGGGCAGUGGUGGCAACGCUUCCAGAGCUUUCCAUGAUGACAAGCGGCCCUCUGCAGCAGGUGUGCUGGUUUCUUCACCGCUGAACCUAGGGAAUGCUAACUGCCAUCUCGGAUGAGGAGAUGUCCAUGGGAGACCUGCUCCAAAAGAGCUGGAGAAGGGUAGGGGUAGGAG